GUGAUUUGUUUAACAUCGGAAAGAAAAAUUUUAAAAUUUGCAGAAAAUACAUAAAAUUAGUGCAAAAAUUUAAAAAAAAGACUUGCAAAAUAAUAUGGACAAAUUAACCACUAUAAUUGCCACCUUAUUUAAGGCUGCCGAUAUGUGUUUGCCAUUGUCAGUUUGGUAAUGGCCGAUUAGAUAGCUGCAGGAGCCUGUUAAAAAAACAGUGUGGCAGCCUUCUAUUAAACUGAUUUGACAUUUGCUGUGAUUUUGUUUAACAUCGGAAGAAAAAUUUAGAAAAUACAUAAAAUUUGUGCAAACAUUUAAAAAAUAUAGCAAAAAAAGACUUGCAAAAUAACAUGGACAAAUUAACGACUAUAAGUGCCACAUUAUUUAUGGCCGCCGAUGUGUUUGCCAUUGUCAGUUUGGCCAUGCCCGAUUGGAUAGUCACAGAGGAGGCUGGAGACAUACGCCUUGGCCUCAUGUGGACUUGCAUGACCCUUUACAAUCGGCCUCAAGUGUGCUAUACUCCUGAGCUACAACCUGAAUGGUUGAUUGCUCUGGUCUGCAUUUUUAUAGGCUGCAUUUGUAUAACCACUACUGUUAUACUAUUGGCCUCUAGCACCUGGGAUCGUAAUGUUAUCCCUUAUGCCCGCUGGGUGGGCUUUACUGCCAUGGUGUUAUUUUGCUUAGCGGCAGUGGUUUUCCCGCUAGGAUUUCACAUUGAGGAGAUAGGUGGUCAGGCCUAUCAAUUACCCAAUACCUAUAAAAUAGGCAUCUCGUACAUAUUAUUUGUCUUGGCUUUGUGGAUUACGGUGGUAUCGGAAUUGUUUGCCGGAAAAGUUUGUUUACCUCAUUUUUAAAGGCGUAAAACCAGGUAAAUUUUUUUGUAAUUUUAAGUAUAGAGACUGGAUUUUUAGUUGUCUUUCUUUGGAAAGCUAAAGAAAGUUGUAAUAUAGUUGUAAGUUUAGAAUAGUAAUGUCUUCUCCCUAUUUGGCCUGAUGUAACCAUCCUUCUAGUCCCAAGAAAUCUCUUUUUAGGUUAAACAAAUAUUUUUUAAUAUUUUUUUUUUUUUUAUAAAUUUUCUUUACAAAAAUUUUCGAAAGUCCAAAUUAUGAACAAAUUGAGGAUAGAUCUAUUACAAAAUAAGAUAUUUAAUGAAAUCAUAAAACAAUAUAAAAAAUAUUAAUUCCUAAAAUUCAAACUCGAAUAUAUUUUAAAACAAGUGUAGUUUAUCAUAAUUUCACUCAAUUUUGGGUGAAAAUCAAUUGUCAAUUUUCUAUUUCACUUUAAAACUAAGUGAAAGAAGCAUCUGUUUUAUUGUUUUCUUUAGGUGUAUUUUUUUUUUUUACUUUCUAUGUGACUUUUUUGUUCUUUUGGUUUUGACAGGAAAUCCAAGUGAUAAUAGAACAAAUUUUUCUUUUUUUUCAUUGUGAAUAUAUUUUAAAAGUUAAGAAAUAAUUGUAAAAAUCUUUGGGUAUUGAAAAGUUUGAACACAAUAUUUAAGUGUAUAAAACUUCUAUUUCAAUAAGCAAUCUCAAAUUAAAAAAAAUUAGGGUCGGUUUUAUAAUUCAUACUAAGGGACAAAAAUUUUACAUACGUUUGAUAAUUUUAUACAAAUUUCAAAUCUUGUCAUAGUGAGAAUUAUAAAAUCCAGCCAUAAGCACAAAAGAACUUCAAAGUUUAGAUUAAAUUGAAUUUGAAUGUGUUAAUUAAUCAUAAAAUUUUUUUUAAUUAAUCUUCAUAAGCAUUUUAUAUAGUGAAGUGUUAUAUUUUGUUGUUAAUUUUUUAACAUAUUGUGUAAAAUAUCAAAAUAAAUGUAUU